AUGGGGCUAUAUAGCACCGAGUUUGAGGCCCGUGUUGUAGAGCUUCACACAAGCCAAGGCAUCAUAUCGGUGGAGCUGUACGACCGUGAGGCACCCGUGGUCGCGGAGUCGUUCGCGCGCCUCGCUGAGAGCGGCCAGCUGGACGGGGCGAGGUUUGCGAGGAUGGUGCCCGGUUUUGUUUUGGAGUGUGCAGUGAGCGUGGCGCGGGCGUACGGCGAGGUCGUGGAGGUGGGGCCGGAGAACGGCUUGCGCCACACGGGGGCUGGCAUCGUCAGCUGCCCCCGCUCUGCGGUGGGGGGCGUUGCCGGGGCGAGGUUCUUCGUGACGCUCGGGCCGCAGCCGGCGCUGGACAAGGCGUGCGUUGUUUUCGGCCGCGUGUACAGCGGGAUGCGCACAAUUGAGGAAAUAAGCGGUUUUCGUUUUGCAAGCGACACCUUUCGCCUGUAUUCCCCGGUGGAGGUGGUGCGCUGUGUGGUGCGCCUGCUGCCGAAGAAGCCUCGGCCAUCACAGCCGGGUGCCGGCUCCGUGGCCAGCGAGUCGCACGUGCGACAACGCCGUGAGCGGCGCACGGGUGCGUUGGAGGAACUGGGGCGCUGA